UUGACCAUCAUCAGUAGAAAUGGCAGUAGGUAGAGCAGCAGUACUUACAGCAGCGCUUUCUGGAACUUCUCCUUCUUCAACCUCUUCGUUGUUAUCGCGCGAAAAUUAUCAUCGAUCACCAUUUUCGCAUUUUUCAAGCUUCUCUGCAACAUAUCCUGACUUCACCUCUCGCUUUCGCUCUUGUUUUGUUUACAGGACCAAGAAAAAUAGUAGCAAAAAACUUGCUUGUAGAAUGGCCGGAAUUGACGGGAAAGGAAUGGCGAGCGAUAUCUGUUCAGGAACUAUGAUUUAUGAGCCAAUAUUAGACAAAGGUGUCUUUCGGUUUGACUGCUCAUCUGAUGAUAGAAAUGCAGCAUUUCCUAGCUUGUCUUUUGUGAAUCCUAGAGUCAGGGACACACCUCUUAUGAGUGAAAAGCUUCCCUCUUACAUCCCUACAUUUGAGUGCACUCUGGGGCAGCAAAUAGUUCAUCUUCAGCUUCCUGUUGGUACAUCGUUUUAUGGAACUGGAGAAGUCAGUGGACAGCUUGAGAGAACAGGAAAAAGAGUAUUUACCUGGAACACAGAUGCUUGGGGGUAUGGGCCCAGUACAACGUCGUUAUACCAGUCACAUCCCUGGGUUCUGGCUGUUUUGCCAAAUGGGGAGACACUAGGUGUGCUUGCUGAUACAACACGUCGUUGUGAGAUCGAUUUACGGAAGGAGUCAACCAUAAAGAUCGUGGCCCCAACAUCUUACCCUGUUAUCAUAUUUGGUCCAUUUCCUUCCCCAACUGAUGUUCUGGUGUCUUUAUCUCAUGCAGUUGGAACUGUCUUUAUGCCGCCAAAGUGGUCACUUGGUUAUCAUCAAUGCCGAUGGAGCUAUACUUCUGAUAAGCGAGUUCUUGAGGUUGCUAGAACCUUCCGUAAAAAGGGCAUACCUUGUGAUGUUAUCUGGAUGGAUAUAGACUACAUGGAUGGUUUUCGCUGCUUCACUUUUGACCGUGAGCGGUUUUCAGACCCAAACUUGCUGGUGAAUGAUCUUCAUCUUAAUGGUUUCAAGGCAAUUUGGAUGCUUGAUCCAGGAAUCAAACAGGAAAAAGGCUACUUUGUUUAUGAUAGUGGGUCUGAAAGCGAUGUCUGGAUCAAAACUGCUGAUGGAAAACCUUUUGUAGGUGAAGUAUGGCCUGGACCUUGUGUCUUUCCUGAUUAUACACAAUCAAAAGCUAGAUCCUGGUGGGCAAAUUUGGUGAAAGACUUCAUUUCUAAUGGUGUUGAUGGUAUAUGGAAUGAUAUGAAUGAACCAGCAAUAUUUAAGGUAGUGACAAAGACAAUGCCUGAGAGCAAUAUUCAUGAUGGGGAUCCCGAGUUAGGUGGCUGCCAAAAUCACUCUUACUACCACAAUGUUUAUGGGAUGCUGAUGGCUAGAUCUACAUAUGAAGGCAUGGAAUUAGCAAAAGAAGACAAACGUCCAUUUGUUCUUACUCGAGCUGGAUUUGUAGGCAGCCAAAGGUUUGCUGCAACAUGGACAGGUGAUAACCUUUCAACUUGGGAACACCUUCACAUGAGUGUUUCCAUGGUACUUCAACUGAGCCUUAGCGGACAGCCUCUUUCAGGCCCAGAUAUUGGUGGAUUUGCUGGUAAUGCAACACCAAAGCUAUUUGGAAGGUGGAUGGGUAUUGGUGCAAUGUUUCCAUUUUGCCGUGGGCAUUCUGAGAUGAGUACAAUUGACCAUGAACCUUGGGCAUUUGGCGAAGAGUGCGAGGAAGUCUGUCGUCUUGCUUUGAAGAGGCGCUACCGGCUUAUACCUCACAUAUAUACGUUAUUUUAUCUAGCACAUACGAGGGGUACUCCAGUUGCUUCACCACCCUUUUUUGCAGAUCCUACAGAUUUACAGCUUCGUACAGUUGAGAAUUCCUUUCUGAUGGGACCACUGCUAAUUCAUGCAAGUACUUUGCAGAAUCAAGGGGCAGACCAGUUACAGCCACUUCUGCCUAAAGGCAUUUGGUUGAGUUUUGAUUUUGAUGAUUCACAUCCGGACUUACCUGCGCUGUAUCUUAGAGGAGGAUCUGUACUUCCUUUGGGUCCUCCACAUCAACAUGUUGGGGAAGCUAAACCAACAGAUGACUUAACACUUCUUGUGGCUUUAGAUGAACAAGGGAAAGCGGAAGGUGUACUUUUUGAAGAUGAUGGUGAUGGAUAUGACUUCACCAGAGGGAAUUACCUGCUAACUUAUUACACUGCUGAACUCCACUCUUCUAUUGUUACUAUAAAAAUAUCUAAUACUGAAGGCUCCUGGAAGAGACCACAACGUCGUCUGCAUGUGCAAUUGUUGCUUGGGGAAGGUGCAAUGAUUGAUAGCUGGGGCACUGAUGGAGAGGAAGUGCAAAUUACAAUGCCAUCAGAGCAGGAGAUAUGUAACCUGGUAUCAAUGAGUCAGAAGCAGUAUCAGAAUCGAAUAGAAACUGCAAAGCGUAUCCCAGAGGUUGAACACACUGCAGGAAGGAAGGGCACUGAACUUUCAAGAACUCCUGUUGAACUGAAAGGUGGUGAUUGGCGUCUUAAAGUGGUUCCCUGGAUUGGUGGUAGAAUCAUUGCAAUGGAGCAUCAACCGACAGAAAUGCAAUGGCUCCAUAGCAGGGUUGAAAUCAAUGGCUAUGAGGAGUACAGUGGUACGGAGUACAGAUCUCCUGGAUGCAUAGAGGAAUAUACUGUCAUUGAGCGAGAUCUUCAGCAAGCUGGAGAAGAAGAAGCCCUCAAAAUGGAAGGUGAUAUAGGUGGAGGUUUGUUCAUUGAGAGAUGUAUAUCAAUUCCAGAGACUGAACCUAAUGUUGUCCGAAUAAAAUCCAAUAUUUUAGGCCGUAACAUUGGCGCUGGUUCUGGAGGUUUUUCAAGGCUUGUGUGCUUGCGUGUGCAUCCAACUUUUGCUCUCCUGCACCCUACAGAAUCAUAUGUAUCAUUUACCGCAAUUGAUGGGUCUAAGCAUCAGAUCCGGCCUGACUUUAAUGAGCUGUCUUAUGAGGGUGACCAGCGACCAAAUGGAGAAUGGGCACUUGUUGAUGAAUGCCUCGGAGUAAGCCUUGUCAACCGGUUUGAUAUUGAAGAAGUUUACAAGUGUUUGAUCCAUUGGGAUACAGGAACUGUUAAUUUGGAGCUUUGGUCAGAGCAGAGGCCUGUUUCUAAGCAAUCACCCUUAACCAUAUGCCAUGAGUACGAAGUGAGAACGAAUUAGCAUUUCAUAUCCCAUGACCAGAAAUAAGGGAUCCUCUGAGAUUGGGUAGAAAACCUGGAUAUGACGUGCUAAGUUGUUUGUCCUGGCUUCAUGUUGAGAGCUUGCAUUCGGCAAAAUGAUGAGCCUGUUUGCAGAGGGAAAUGUCGAGAUUACGACGAAUCUACUUUGAAAUAAGUAGCAAGUAUUUGCUUGUUUCACAAUAAAUUAAUACCCAAAGUUGCAUCUUUUGGUCAGGAAUCAGGGUGUGAGUUUCUUCCUCACUUAGCUGAGAAUUUAUGUCCAAUUUGAGUUGAACUUGUAUAUUGUUAUGAUGAAUGAGUGCACGACAGCUAAGAUGAAAACUGCUAGUACUUUUUUUUUAAAA